GGGUCUGACAAUUUUAAUACAGACUUCGAAUUGCUGCAGAAUGUUACGUGUGUGUGUUCUUGUGUGCGCUCUUGUAUUCUGUAAUGGAAACGACGCAUCAAAAUUUGAGGACUUAGAAAAAAGAAUCAAUAGACUUGAAAAAGAACACAGGACUUGCUUAGUAAAGGAAACAGAAAAACGAGCAAGUAAUCCUGCCAGUCCCGCAGUUGCUUUUUCUGCCUACUUGUCGAGUGAUGUGCAUCCUGUUGCUUACAAUGAAGCCAUUAUCUAUAACGCAGUUAAACUUAAUGAAGGGGAUGCUUAUAAUGCUCAUGUUGGACGGUUUAAGGCACCAAUCGCAGGUAUUUAUCACUUUGUUGCAAGUGUCCAGUCUUAUUCUAGCGACUACAUAGACUUUGAACUGGUACGGGAUGGAUCCUAUCUUUGUCGUGGUAGAGGCUCUAGGACUUAUGAGUCCACUGGAACGUGUGCUUCUACAGUUCAUCUGAACGUCGGCUCCGAUGUCUGGGUUCGCCAUUACAGCACUAACGGGAACUUUAUAAAAGGAUCGGGCUACUCUUCUUUCACUGGACAUUUAGUUCAUGCAGAUUAAUAUGUU